UCGCAUCCGCCGCCACACACGGCGUUCAAGAGCCCGACGACGAGGGUCCCUCCAGUGCGCCACUCGCUCGAAAGCCGUGUCGUCGAGCGGUUGACGCCGAGUCCGCGAGCGAUACCAGAACCACGGGAGACGACGGCGGGACCGCCCGCUCAAGCCGGCUGAGUUAGGCGGUGUGUAUACGUGUGCGAAAGGGUGAUUCCUUCUCCUGGUACCGCCGGCUCGAAGACGCGCGUAAGAGAAAGGAGUCUUCGUGACCUCGUAUUAGGAUUGAGCCUUCGAUCACCGACUCUCUGAGGUUGAUGACUUCAGAGGCUAGCCGGAACCAUAAAAGGGGACGAGGCCAACGGUCCGAGUGCCCGAGCUCGUCGAGGGAGUGGUACACAGAACUUGGAGGAAUAGUGAUCGCUCCUUUCUGAUGUCACUUCGAAUACGUGAGGAGAGACUGUUGCCGAGCUUGAACCGUUUGUCAAGCCGGUGAAAGGGAGUGCCAGUUCAGUGUCGUAGACCUACUUGUGCUGGUCGUCACGUGGACAUUGGCGAGUAACGCCUCGCCGCUGGUAAUUCGCGACUGUGAAACUGGAUGACCCGAGUGUGCGUCUGCAGGUGCUCGAAGUAACAGUGGGUGCUUACGCUCCAUUAUCAGGUGACGAUAUCUGUGUCUUAUAGAAGUACGGGACGCAGCCCUGAGAACAAGUAUGCAUUGAGAUAGUGCGAGGAUCAUCGAAUGACCUGCCGUCGAUCCACGCGAAACGAGUGAAGUGAUGCUUGUGACAAACAUUUCUGUCUUCAAGUACUUUGACACCGUCUUCUGUUGGUGAACAUCAAGGUAUCGUUUGGCGUUGCAGAAGCGAUACCGAGUGCAUUGUGGAAUAGCACCUUGUGCGAGAGAUCUGCCGCCAACUCGUGACACCGCGGUAGCAGGGGCACCAAAAGACAACGCAAGAACUCGUCAGCACACAGCCAGCGACCUCUUUUGCAUAAGUCGGUGAAAUUGAUGCCUUCCCCUAUGCCCGAGCGCUUCUCACGCCGUUCCUAAGGUUGAGACGGAUCGUCCAAAGAACCACACCACGACGCAAGCAAUCAAGAGAAGUUGCUUGUCUCUCGUCGCCAAGGGUAGAGCGACGUGUACGCUCCUUGGCGACAUAAAUACCGCCCCAGGGGAAGAAGCGAUAGCGAACGCUCAAACGGGCUAGAGGGUGUGCCGCGCUAUCAAGAGGGUCCUUUGUCUUUCGCGGGACCUGGCAAGCGAUGCCGUGAUGACAAACGCACGUCGCACCGGGGACCAGGGAGGAACGAUUGAGAAUUCUGUGGAGGACUUUCCGACUCUCUUCUCUCUCCAGAAGCACAGAGUUUGUGGAUUCAUUCCGGUUGAGGCUCUACGUUGCCACAGUCAGCAAUCAGCCUGUCGUCCUGGCCCGGAGAACCAUUGAUUUUAUUUCCUGCUGCGUCUUCCUGGAACGAGCCACUGCGGCGCAGAUUCUGUGACGUGUCUAUGUUUACACGCUUCUGUUUUCAGUGAAGGCGCGUCUCCCGCAACACACCUCCAAAUUUUGGAACUCCUUCGCCUAGCGUUGAACAUUCGUACAGGCUGGAAGACUCGGUGAUGAUCUUAAAGCACCUUUGACUUGGAGCGGUCGCUUCGAAACGAUAACCUACUGUGAGCACUUCGGCGUGCCAUACCAUCUGAAGUCGUUUCGGUUCGCUGUGUCCUGAGCGAGGACAACUGCCCGCAGUCUUUAAUCUGUGUAAUCUAUAGCGGGAUACGUAGUGUACGCUAACGAUGCGGAGUACCAAGACGAGCUGCAAGCGUCCGCCGCCCUGCACGAGGCGUGUGCUCAAUCGUGAGCUCAGCGUGGCGUCCUCAAAUUCCAGCUACAAAAGGGCCAGCUUCAAAGGGUCUCAUGCAUCGUUCGCGAUGGACGACGAGCCAGAGCCUUCGGCGCCCCCGCUCGAGCUCAUGGAUAAAGUGGACGGCUACGAGCAGGCCUCCUUCGACGCCGUGGACGUCCCACCUCCGUACACGCCCUCGACACCCAAAGAAGAGGAUACUCCCAAGCGAGCGCCGCUACCAUGCACUCCGCAGGUGACGGAGCAAGAGGCCCGGCAAGCCUUAACCAAGCACGUGGCCAAGCACUGCUGCUACGGCAAGGCGUGCGCGCGAGACAUGGCCAUCACCAAGAUCGACCACACGUCCGCCUUCCACUACACCUUGGAGACGUUCACUGAGAAGCGGCAGACUGCCUGGUGCUUCGAACCGUACACAGGGGGUCCGGUGGACGGUCCGUCGGCGGGCCCCGCGCCGGGUCCCUGGGAGGUGCCGGUGCCCUCGCCGACUCCGUUCCAGUGCCAGACGACCUCGGUGGAAGUGCCCCACACGGCCUCGGUCAAGACUUGCCACACCUGCGGCGGCGUCGGACGGAAGCGGUGCGCCACGUGCAACGGAAACGGAUACGAGCAGUGCAACUACUGUCAGGGCGACGGCCAGAAGCGAAGUCUAUCGGGCGACAACGAUCGAUGUUUCCAAUGUCACGGCAUGGGUCGGAUGCGUUGUUGGAAAUGCAACGGCGACGGCGUGGCUCCCUGUCGCGCUUGUUCCGGUACCGGCCAGAUCAAGUGCUACAUCAAGCUCACCGUGGUUUGGUCGACGAAGACGGAUGACCACGUGGUCGAGCACUCCUUCGUACCGGACGACCAGAUAAAAUUUGUCUCGGGCCAAUUAGUCUUCGAAGAGCAGAACUCGAGGAUUUGGCCGAUCAACCACUUUCCCGACAUGACGGUCAACAUGGCCUCCGUGCAACUGGUGCAGAAGCACGCCGCCGCUUUCAAGUCGGAGAAGAUCCUCAUGCAGAGACAGCGGGUGCGCGUGAUCCCGGUAUCGACGGUGUACUACGAGUGGCGCUCGCACGUGGGCACCUUCAGCGUGUUCGGCCACGAGAAGAAAGCGUAUGCGCCGGACUACCCGCAAACCUGCUGCUGCGGGUGCACCAUCCUCUGAACGGCGCCCAGCGGACGACCGCGUCACCUGUGAACAGCUGAUAGCGUGUUAUAGCGUGAGCACGACCACGCAAUUCCUGCUGCGGUAGGCGCAGCAGUGUUGCGCGUCUGCGCGGCAGAUUGGGGGGGAAAAAAAACAGAAGGGAGUCACGUGAACGUGGGCUUUCUGUUCAUGGAAGCGGCUCCGGUGCUUUGUUCUCAGGGGUUGCCCUGCUGGCCGUCGCCAGAAAGAGUUGAUACGAGAAUGCCACGUUGGCGAUGACGAAUGCGUCUGUGCGUAAUGCUUAUAUUUAUGACCUGUACAGAAAAGAAAGAUCCAUGUUGCCGCCGCCAUUGCCCAAAGACCGAAGCCGGAGCACGCCGUGAUUGAACGGAAAGGCUAGGUCACGUGAUGACUGCGGCCAGCGGUAAGGUCUGGCCAAAGGAAAUGCAAUGCCCGUAUUAAUUUAGACAGCCGCUGUUAACAGUGGUGGAUUGUAUCUGACUGUUAAACUUGGCUAGCGGUUCACAGAUCGCAGUGUAUAUAUACCGUUAUUAGUUGGCUUUGCAUUACGCGGUACCGUGCUACAGCCCAUAGUCAUCACGGUGCCGUACAAUUAUUAUUUUUUUUUUCGUUAAAGAGCAACUGCGUGAUCAAUUGACAGCCCAACGACGUUGUCAGGUAUGCUCGAUUAAUCGCGCUUUAAACAGCCCACCAAACAUCUCUGAAUAUUUUGUAUGUGGACCAGCCACGUCAACGAGUGCACACUAUGUGAUAUGGUUUCGACUUAACACCCCGAGAAGCAGUGCGCUUCUUUGAGUUAGUUUUAUUUUUAUCUACAUGUAAUGCUAUUUUUUUUUUGUUUCUUUCUGUAUUCACCUACAACAGUAAAUACAUUUAUCGAAGUGCGGUCAGCCGCGCUUGAGGACAUUUUCCAGGCAUCCGACUUAACGCUAUGGCUUUUUAUAUCAGUGUGUUCUUGCCCUGAGCCGUCGGACGUCUAUUUUUUUUUCUUCGUUAUUUUCUUUUUCGUGUAUAUAGUAGCGAAUACGUGCUGUGCGACUAUAUAGUAACAAAAGGUUGUGGACGAUCGGUAAAAGAAGGCGAAGACACAUGCGCGCCUCUUUCGCAGCUUCAGCAUGCCGUUCAUAUAGCGGCCAAUUCACUCCGCAGGUCGCAAAUACUCAGCGCUUCAUCAUCAUUCCUGCCCGGAGACAUUCUCUAUAGUACCGCGUCGUCGUCGGAGGUCAUAAACCCGCCGAACGUUUCCGUUCGCCUCUAUAGAUACGCGUACUCGAUGGGGAAGGGUAACGAGCGAACAUGGCGGCGUCGCCCAAGCGUGCCGCAUCGCGGCCGCCGCCGAGCUUCUUGACCGCGUCGUGUCCUCCCGCGUCUCCUCGCGCGAGUGCCCCGAGAAAUCGCAGCAGGGCGUCCUCGGGCGUCUUCCUCCUCCAGUGCCGAGCGAGCCCGAUGGAGCGCGAAAUAUUUCUCCCGCGAAACGUUCUAACGCGAACGCGCGCGUGAUGGCAAUCGUUUUCCGUCGAACCCGCCGGCCGCGCGCCAUCUUCGGUCGAAAGCGAGGCCUUGGCGUCCUCCGAGAAGCCAGAAGGUCCUUGCUAGGCCGCCCUGCUCUUCUCAAACCGUUCCCUCGGUGCUGCGAGACUCUUCUCACCACCGCCUCCACGGAGAAAAAAAUAAAUAUAUUUUCGAAUCGCCGCCGAGGCAGCGCACGCCAUCGGGGAGUUCGCGCGUGUAAACGAGCUGCUUCGUCCUCGUCUUUUUUUUUUUUUUUUUUUCGACGUUCUCGUGAUGCUCGCGUGCCGCGGACUACGUUUUAGUCUGUUUCUGCUUCGAGUGCUCCCCCAGCGCUCUGCUUGUAACUCCCUGUUCUUGUUUUGUGGACGUUUUGCGCGCUUCGAGGCUCGCGUCGACCGAUCUUUAGGCGCGGGGAUGGAUGGAUGUCCGACACGUGCCAAGAACGCUUGCACGCGAAGAUGGCACGCCAGCGAACGGCGUUGGGAGGGUGGGACCGAUGUCGCACGGCGUCUAUUUUUCGGUACGCCGCGGCACUGCAAGUCGCGUGCAGCGGGACGCCGCGUGUCCCCACGUAGUACGCGGUGUGUAUCGCUAUUCAACGCGUAGUUCGUUGCCAGACUUGGAGCACAUCGGUGGUGUUCGCGAUAGAUUUCUUGACGCCGCUAUAGUCGCCCCUCGCACUGCGGUGUUGGUAGAGCGCUUAAACGUAUCAUGCAGUCGAUCUGCGACUGCGCAAGAAGCGCGUGAUUUUGGAAAAGGCUUAACAUCUCACAUCUGCCUGUAGACGCGCUUGCGUGGUUGUGGAGGUGGUAGACGAGAAGUCAGAAGACACGGCUUCGCGGAUGUGAGCAUGCAUACCUCUGUCGAAGCCUCAGUAUCGACACGUUGGUCAUGUAUUCUAGACCCAUAUACUCCAUCUCAGUAGUUUCCUUUAGCGCUGCGAGAGCUACAAGUAUAGACCCAGCCAAUGAGAUACACGGACGCUUGCUGGAAGUGUAUUCGUGCGCGUGUUACCUGCUUGUCGCCUGCACGGUGCUUUCUCGUGGCACCCGCAAGCGCGUCCGUACAAAAGUGAUCUGAUUUCGAUGUUGCAGUUAGGAGCCAAGAACUACACGUGUAUUUGAAUGCCCCGCUUCUGCGGACGUCGAGUUUCCAUGGCGACGCGCCCCAAGGCUCAGGCAGGCACGAAGGCGGGCCGCGAAAGUACGGCGCCGUCUGUCAGUGCCGGCUGCACCCAGUUCUUUAAAUAGUAAGGUGGGUUAAAGAUCGGGUUUGAAAUAGGCAGGUAUUAAAAAAAAAAAAAAAAAAGCUAACAGGUAUACUUUAAGUUGUGUCUCUCCUCUGCGAAGAAUUAUGCCACUUUAAGAAAUGAAACAAGGAACUUUUCUUUUUUUGUUACUCCACUUGAGACUUGACGCAGCAAUAGGCUUUAUUGGUUAAAAUGCUGUUUUUGCCGAGCGGAAUGACGUGCAGCUGCCCUCUUCAUGUCCUAUUAAGGCACCAUAUAUACAGAUAAAAUGCUUUGGUGAUAGUGAUUAUGGCAUGGCUGAAUGCAGCCAUCAGCUUUAGUAUACCUUGUAGGUAUCUAUGACAGCGCUGAAGGGAGGUACUGGGAUAGAGUACAGGCAAGUAGAGAAGGAAAGAGUUCAAAGGCCACAGGGCUACCAUAUAACGAGUCUGUGCUUUUCUCAUCAAGACACCUAGCAGCCCUCACUGGUCAAACAUAAUACAAGGUUGGACUGUUGUACAUCUUGGUUGAUGUUUUCUGAACAGGUGCCGCCCAGAGUACGCCUAAUUGGCCAUGCUGGAUGGUACACAAUCUUCAUAACAGACAAAGGAAGAAAAGAAAAAAACGGUGUAAAACAACACAGUAAAAUGGUGCAGUUCUCAAUGAUAGACCUUACUUGCUACCCCGUGUACAAAAACCAUGCUAAACUCUGUCGCUGUGCGGCAUCGUUGGCUCACAGAGCAGCAUUGCAGCUCUGAUAGCUGCAGGCAGAAAUCAUUGGCAAAACAGUAUGUUGUAUUGAUUUCUACAUUGAUUGCACCUUGGAUAGAUAAAAAGAUGGCCUAUGGGUCACUGUGCAGCAGGAUAUACACGUUCCUCAUCAAGCAAAAUAAUCUGUUAACAUAUUGGCCUGCUGUAAAUCUUGGAAGUAUUUACAGCUUUCUUUAUACAUGCGGGUAAUUGUAUAGUUGUUUGUGAACUUUGUGCAUUGAAAUUCCAAUGUGUUUGUGUCUUGCAAGCAAGCUGAGUUUCUGCGAGCCUGGUUGCUCAGUAGUUGCUUGGUUAUGGAAACACACUCAAUAUUUUGUUGCUGGGGCUUGCCUCCAAAAAUGAGCUUGUACAAUAGAGUUGUAGAUUGUUCUAAAGGUGUUGUAAUACGUGCUGUGCGCCAAGCUCUCAUAUAAGAUGCUUGUCGUCUGGCAAUGUCUAUGAUGUGACAACGUGUCAUUGCUGUACACUGUCUGCAGCGUGUUGCACGCUGAUUAAGUGUUGUGCUUGAGACUAUACAUGUCUUGUUUGUGAUGCCAGAGUGGAUUCAGUGUAUGAGAAAAGAAUGCAGGACAAAAAAGCCUGCAAGUCAGAAUUGUUAGAAGGAACUACACAGUGUACGCUGCUCUAGACAGCACAUCUCAGAUACUCUCACCAUGAAUGUGUUUCAAACAUUGUAAGCAUGUCACCGGUGUAUGUGUGUGUGUGUGUGUGUGUACGUGGAAAAUCAUGUGUAAAGACAGUUGUAGGCGUACUGCUGAGGGACUGUGUUCAGCGUUGGUGGGGAAUGAUUAAAAUGAUAGGAACAAUGUUAGAGCGAUGCAAUCACCAACUGAAUGUGUGGGGUUUCUUCCAGCUUUGGGGCUGUUCACUCUCAUUUGCAGCUGCUGAUAACUCAUGCAGGUCUAUUCUUCGCAGAGAAUUUGACCUAUGCGUGCGUGCAUUUUUCAUAACUGAAGGUGUGCACUUGAAGCUAGAUACAAAUUUGAAGCAAAAAGACAUACUAUACGCACCAUGCCUCACCACCAUGUCCCUCAUUCGUACUGUUUCUGUGAAGUGAUGUGACACAAAGUGCAGAACAAAAAAGCAGCUUGUUUCAGCGCGUGCACCUUGUGGGAAUCGAGGCUUGCACUGUGCAAACAACGGCCCAACGGGACCAAAUACUUGUGCUGUCCUAAAUUUGAUGUGUGUCCUUGCGACACAAAUGUAACUAAACGAGUUUUCUCGAGUUUCCUCCCCAAAAGUGCACGUCUCAGUGCAAUAUGCUGGAGCGAGGUCCAAUCAGUUGACGAAUACUCAGAUGUAUUAGUCCCAUAUACAAGUUGUCUGCGGUUGCAACCAACUCCCAAGAGUCGUUAUUAACAUAAUCAAAGCACCGUAUUUGCAUGAAUAUAGUACGUUUUUCUCUUGUGUUCUUUUUGCCUAAAACUAUUACUCACGCUAGGAAACUGCGUUAUGAGUAUAAAGUGAUGACAAUUUUAAAAGAAUUGGUCUUGACCUCAAUCACUUGGGCUAUUGAAGAAAGCCAAGUUCAAACCAUUUGUGUUCUGCAAAAUGAUUGCCUUGUCCACAUAGCAUGCAACAGCAGCAACAAGCAAUAUUGGCAAGUUCCCGACUUUUCAUAGUUAGGCUACACUGCCAACAGGCUGUAAAAGACCCUUGGUGGGGACAGUGAAUAAAAGCAAGUUGUAGUCACUUAAUUUUUAAGCUGCCUGUAUUAAUGUAGUUUCUGUUCUAAGCUGUUGGCUGUGGUUGCUUAAUGCAGUGUUGACUUUUGUCAUGAACGCAGUAAUGCAUUUUUAUUUCUGAGGCAUCAAAAUGUCAUAACUCCUACUAUAUUCAUGCAAAUACAAUAGCACAAGUGGCUCACUCGCUUCGUAAAGCGUUGAAGAAAUUUGCAACUCCCUCUUGUGAACUCUCUUUAAAAAUCAGCUGCUGAAACUGCCCUCAUAACUGUUUGACAAGACGGCAGAGAGUAUACAAAUAUAUACACUUAUCCAUUAAAAAAAAUAAUGUCAAAGAAUACUCGUACAGCAUAUGAAUUGCUGCAGUUAUUCUGGUUCAUGAAGGCAUUCAUGCUAUUAGCCGCCUCUACGCUAGUGAUAUCGACUGCCAACUGUAUGUCAGUGCAUUGAGGAGUGUAGUCAAAGUAUUGUUAUCAGACGCAAAUGUAUAGACUUGGUCAUCAGCCAGGCAAAAAUUUUAUUGAGAAAUACAACGGGAAACAGACCAGCUUGUACCUGCACACUAUACUCAAAGGAUGUGUGUGACAAAAGCUUUUGUGGCAUUGUUGCGAACUUGGAAUUUGUGAAUGGUGUGCACUACAACUAUACAUGUGAUUGCUGUGUGGUUGUAGUGACAAAGUUAUUGAGAAUAGUUCUCAGUAAUUAUUUAAAAAAAAUAAUUUUGGCAUACUUUGCUGUGGCUUCUGUGCAGUUAAACUAUGACUUCAACUACGAGUGACAGUAAAGGUGAGCCAUACAGCAUAAAUGAAACAUGUCAUGGCAGCCUUCACACACACACUGUACCUCUGGCCAGCAUCACUAACUUAUACAGACAGAACUGUGUGCACAAUGCUUUCUUUGGCCAACAGCCAACCCUUUUACACUACUCAAAUCACUUGCCGCUGGAAUCCUUACCACAUUAGAGGCAAGUGUGGAGCUUGAAAUCAAAGCUACUGACACAAAACUUUUCACGUCAACGUCUACAACAGAGCCCCAGGGCUCUCCGCGCUGUUGUGGUAGCAACCACAGAUUUUCUUUAUAACUUAAUACUGAAACUUCCAAGAAUGGCAAAGGCCUCUGAAAAGAUAUGUGCAAUUGAUUGCUGCAACGUGAUGCAACUGCUGAAUCUGCACAGGGGUGUAAAACCUGAAUUGCAGACAGGCUGAGCCGAAAAAUCUUUGAUGAAUUUUCGGGUCUUACGACCUUCAUGUGUGAACAAACAUUGUCACUGAUAUAAGGUAGGCAAUACAAAAUAUGCUUGAUGAUGUAUGUGUGUUUGUCUUGCCACUGAACCUGACCACUGCCAAAUGAGACAGUGUGAGUUAGUCUAAAGGGUUAGUUAAAAUUAAGUACAGGCAUAAGGUGAAAGAACCGAAUAAAUUAUUUUGGACAGACUGUCACAAGUCAUUAAAUAUCAGGCCUUGUCUUGCAAGAGGCAUUGUAGUCUUUUUGCAAAUAACCAGAAGGAAAGACCACCAGAUGUGUGUAGAAUCGUUCAAUGCUAAGGAGAACACCUCACUCGUGUUCAAGCACUGAUAGAAGCUUAAAUUUGACAUGAAGGUCUUGAGACAAAUUCUCACUUGAUUGAUUGAUUUCGGUCCCUUAUCUAUUUUUCUGCAAACUUGAACAGUUGGGAUGUCUUGAAUACUAGUGAAGCGUCUCUCAUGAGAGUGGACGACUCUGUACACCACUGCUGCUUACAAAAAGCUGCACUUCAGUUUUGUGCUUGCAGUGCUAGCAUACUGCACACUCGCCUCUCAGUCCUCUCAGCUGUACCAAUCAUUUAGCAAUAUACAUGCACUCCACACCCCUGUGUUUUCUUUAACUUUGCUUUGUUCCAGAUUCAAUGAAAGUUCUCUGUUUUCACUCGGUGCAUGUGCAUUUUAUGUGUCGUUUCAAAAGCUGUUGCAAAUGUCAGUAAAUUUUAUUUAAAUCUUAC